GUCAUCCCACAGAGUCACAUAAGGAGAGUAGCACAGAGGCACCACCUGUUCUGCUAUUACAUUUCAGCUUCCUCCUGUGGAGUUAAGAUAUGAUUCCAAAGUGCUGUGAGGAAAGCUCUAGUGACCCCAGCCCAGGCUUUGUGGUGGAUGGGACUUCUGAAUUCCAAGUAAAGCAAAGUAAAGAAAAGCAACACUUAAAAGCAUGUGUCAGGAAUAAAAAGGAGCACAUCUAUCUGAAUGUGAAACGCAGAACUGCCGAGAAACAGAGGAGGAGACAAAGAACAGAGGAGGACAAGGACACCAAGAACAAAGGUUCUCCUGUUUCCUCUACUACCUGCUGGAUUAUUGCAGUGAUUCUAGGGAUCCUCUUCUUGGCAUUGCUGGGAACAACAGUGGGUUUUAUUACCAAGGGCUGUCCAUGUCCAUGCUGCCCUGAGCAGUGGGUCACCUACAGAGGCAAGUGUUACUCCUUCUCCAAGGAGAAGAAGGACUGGAAUUCCAGCCAGGAAUCCUGCCGGGCACAGGGGGCUCAUCUCCUGGUGAUCAGCAAUACCAAUGAAAUGGACUUCUUCCUGAUAGAACACACCAAAUCCCACUGGAUUGGUUUGCAGAGGAGCACUGAUGGUGACUGGGCCUGGGAAGACGGCUCAAAACUGAGUGACAAAAAGGUUAAGUCCAACAGCCAUGUGCAGAACUGCGCUGUUCUGAUGGAUGGUGCCAUCCAUGCUUCCAGCUGUGAAGUCCCUACCCCAUGGAUCUGUGAGAAAUCUGUUCAAUCACCUCUGUGGACCUUGCCUUAGGAGAUAUUCUUUGGAGAGCUGUGCUAAGGCCUGAUUCCUGUGAAGUUUCUGUGAGAGGAGCUCAGAGAAAGCUCCUGAGAGCUCCUGGCUCCUGUGCCACCUGCCACAGUGCAAGGAAUGAAUGCAGCUGCCACAGGAGGUCUGAGUGCUGCUGGAUCCUGGCUCCAUUCAGGAUCACUCUGGUGAUGUUCACAUUCAUAGCCCUCACCUAGUGACAGAUAGUCUUCAAAGUAGUAGAGAAGGGGGAGGAUAGAUUUCUCUGAGUCUCUCAGUCAUUUUCAGAGGUACUUGAGCAUUAUCACUGCUGUUUUGAAAUCCUAGGGAGACAUGAGCUUGUAAUCUGUGAGCUCACACAAGCUCUGAGUUUAUUUCUCUCUCGUGAACCCUAGUGACGUGCACCAAAACUGAAAGCUAGCCUGAAGUUUGAAGUUGGCCUGUUUUUGCAAGUGGUCAGAUGAUACCCACAGGACCAUUCUAACCUAAAUUCUUCUGUGGUUUAUGUUUGUACCUGGAGAAAACUGGAGCAAGGCUUCUAGUGUUUCAUUGCUGUGUAAAUAGCUGCGAAGGAGUAAACCUGCUACCCUGCU